UGUGAACAGUGUGUAUAUGUGUGUUGUUCGUACUUUGUCGUCGGUUGUCAAGGAUAACCAUACUCCAGAGGUAUGAUUUUUAUUGGUUAGCUGUGCAUUAGACCAGUGCAUUAGAAGAGCGCAUAGUGCAACUUCAUGCACGGCUUCAGUCGUUAUGGAUCAAAUAUUUCAGAAAAAAAUGAAAGCCUCGCCGAACAACAUUCGUAUAAAAUGAAAGUUAAGUGCUAAAGUGUUCGUGUGCAAUAUAAUAAAAGAGGAAAAAAAAUAUAUAACAGAAACGUAAACGCAGCUGGGAGCUCGUUCACGGAGUUUAUCGAACCUCGCAGCCAGGCGAGAUAGUUUUCAAAAUGAAGAAAUUCAUGUCGACCAAGGCAGCAGCAGCACCACCACCACCACCACCAGCAACUUCGACAUCAUCAGCCUCUUCAUCCGACCCCUCGUCCACGUUUGCCACGUUCGAGGCGCUACUGCGUGCGGCAAACCCGUCGGAACAUCCGGCGUCCCGCACGAUGCGCACCAUCGGGGCCAGCAACAGGAAGAUAACCCCGAAGCCUCGUCCUCCACCCACCCCGGUCAGUGCCUUUUCGUUCGAUUACCCGCCAUGCAGCGACGACGACGGUUCACCCGAAAAACGGCCGGAAACGCAGAGUGAGUCACCGCCACGCCAUCGCCCGGAGGGAGCAUUAUCGCCAGCUACCUCGGCCUCGACACCGUCCCUAGCCUCACCAUCGUCCUCGCCGAUGACGGCGACGACAAAGUCGACGAGCGGCGUGAUAAAAAUGAGCGGAUAUUUGAAGAAGAAGCGAAAUAAAAUGGGCGGUUGGCGCAAGCUGUUCUUCAUCCUGCAGAAUCAGCUGUUGCUUUCCUACUCCUCACGGGACGAUUACGAGAAGAAGCUUGCCCCGUUCAAGGAUAUCAUCAACCUAGUGCCGGGAACGAGGGUCAUUCCCACCACGGGGCCGCGGUUCACGAUCGAAACGAACUCGAAAGUGAUGUACACAUUCCGAUGCGAUGAUCAAGGUAGUUGCUCCGAGUGGAUUAUGGCCCUGCUUGAUAGUCUGAAUGCGAUCAAUGGUGGCGUGAACAUGGAUAGGUCGUUCAGGUAUGGUCCGCAGAACAUUUUCCAGCGCUCUACAUUGCCGCUGGCAUCAAUUGCACUACCGCCCCGCGGUAAACUAUUCGACAGGACCGUCCAGCGGCAGCGCAGCGAUGUUAGUUCAGCCAUAGGCGCCAUUGCGCCACCGAAACCCCCGCGAAGCUUCACCAGCAGCGUCCGGCCGCCGCAGCAGCAGCAGACGAGAGGACGUGAGACACCGCCCGAGAUGCGAAGGCGAAGCGAAGAUGCGCUCAAUAAUAAUAUCGAGGCGCUAUCGAAAUCAGCCGCUGAAGAUGAUACCACCGUUAGUAGUGACAGAAGUAGUAAUACUGGAGAAACCAGUGUGAAGAGUAAGAUUAUUGCGUUCGAAACGCAAGCGAACUUACAGGAGGCACAAGAAACUGUGCCAUCGAAGAAUAGCAGGAAUGCAACAGGAAUUAGCUGCAGCGGUGAGGGGAGGCAGGAGGAAGAACGGCAAGCGUGUGGGACUGAUGGACGCCAUGGAAAGGUACCGUGCAACGAGGGCGCGGAAGAUGGUGACCGAUGGAAGUGGUGGCUGCGGGAGCGCCAGUCGGAAAAGCAGAGGCAGGAACAGCGGGAGGGAGGCGGCAGUGUUCUGGCGAGGAGCAGUGCAGCUAUCGAAGCUGAUGAAUGUUGCAACGACGGGACGGAGGCGAAAGUAGAGCAAGAUGAGCCGCAGCGGGAAGCGCUGGCUGAGGUGGAUGCGACGCCGGAAGAUGGUGAAGAGGUUACGGAUGAAGAGGAACAGGAGGAAGAGGAUGAUGGGGAGGAGGAGGAAGAGGAGGAGAGUGAGAGUGCUGGCACGCAGCAGAAGAUUUUCCGGCUGCAUCCGGACGUCUGGAGAAAAACGCAUCAGUCGGUGGACGUGUGCCGCAUCAACAGCAUGUUUGGCGAACGAACGGCGCCCGGGACGCCGGCGGCGCUGGAGUCGGUCGGCGGCGCGCAGCAACACUCGAACGUUACAACGAUUCACCCCGUCUCGAGUGACGAGGAAAAUCACCGAGACACCGCUACCAGAAAGCUAUUCACAAGUUCAUGCAGUGCGCUCCCCUCGGUGGCUCUGAGCCAGCCCGUGGAGCUACCGGUUGGGGCGGAUACUUCCGGCGAAAAUCCGUACGCCACACCCGCUGGAGAGUCGGGCGCGGUUUACGCCGACGUUCGCGACUACCGGAAGCCCCGGGCCGAGCUGCGGGAAACCGCCAGCGAGCCAAUCUACGCCGUGGUGGACAUAUGCGCGAAGCGUACGCGCCGGGCUGCGCGACAAACGCUGCAAGGGCCGGACGAGACGCACACGGGCACGGUGGACACGACCCGAUCGCCGUUCGUGUCCGUCUCGCUGCCACAGAUUCCGACGGCCACCGGGAGCGGCCACCGACCGGCCGCCAAGCGGUGCUACAGCAACAACAACAACGACUACGAGGACGUGAACGACUUCCUCGACCGGCUCGAGGAGGACGAGCGAGACGCUCGGCGUCCGGAAAACAACAGUGUCCUGCUUUACGGGGACGACCACAUCUAUGAACCGAUUCAAGUGCCGGAGCGGAUCAUGUCGUCGGACACGUCCGGUUCCUCCACCUCGCUGCCUGCUUCGUCCUCAUCCGGGCCCCCGGCCGGCGGAAACAGUCUGUGGAAGCAGCUGAAGCGGAUGCACCUGCAAGGCUCGCGGCACCGGCUGGCACUGCGAAGGGUUUUCGCUGGCAAGGCGGCGGCGGCGGUUGACCAAGCGCGAACCGCCAACCAAUCGGCGUCCGAGAGCGAUGGUGGCGAACCGGGCGGCCGGUCACCGUCGACGCUGGAAGGGUUCGGCCGGCGGCUCGACAGUCACCGGCGCUCGAUCAAGAAGCGCAUCAAGAGCCUGUACGACCGUGGAAGCCCCUCCUCCACCCGCUCCCCAUCCUCCUCCGGCACCUUCGAGUACGAGCAGCGCAGCAGCGGACCAGCGGACGCGCCGGAAGCGGAGGCGGCCAGCUCAGAAGCGUUCAACCGCAGCCAAGGUACGCGCCAGUCGCGCAAAUCGCUCUCGCUCGACAGCUUCCUCUCGACGGCGAAUGGCAGGACCCAUGGCACCGCCACCGAUCAGCUCCGCGCGCGUCUCCUCAUCGAGACGAAAACCAAGUGACCUGACCACCAACAAAAACCAAAGGCUUUACGUACCGUACCAGAACGAAGGCGAAACGGCCACCGGAUAACCGAGGGUUGGGCAAUGGGGAAAAAAACUUAAGACUAAGCCUUGCAGAGCACUUAGCUUAUAAGAGCUUUAUGUACAUUUGAUUUUAGUCGUCGAAGCAAUCGUUUGAAAUCGUUUCAACCAAAACCGCGACAUUCGUAUUAGUCCAUGAUUUUAAGACGAAGUUCAAUAAACAACUACAGAACCAAAUUUUUAAAACAACU